AUUUCUACCAGAAAUAUUGAGACCAAAGGAAGGGCGAGAGGAGAGAAGUCCAGUCGUUGCCACUCUGGUUAUCUCUAUUCUCUGCGCCUUUGAUUUUCAGCUCUACAUCUCAAAAGACAAUCCUCUGCAAUUUGUUUCUCUCUUUCUAACAUAAACGCCACUAUGAUAUUUGUGGGUGGAGUUCCUUUUCCUACAGAUGAUUCUUCUUUUUCUUCUCAGUCUCAGCUACUUAAUAUGAACAUCUAUGAACAGGAACACGACAUCCUGACGGCUUUAAUGGAGCAUCCAGUUUUGGUAUCUGCCUCGUCUUCAUUGAAUGAUGUUGAAGAAAGGAAGUUCUCUGUUUCUAAAGAUUCUAGUUUGAGUAUAUCAAGACAUAAUAGAUGGGUUUACAUUUUCCAGAGAGAAUAUGCAACUGUGGAUCCUGCACUUGUCGAUGCGGUUGGCACGGAUGAGGCAACAACUUGUGUAGGCAUUGUCAUAAGAAAUCAAAAAAGUGGAAUGACAUCUGUUGCUCACUUGGAUUCACCAGAUAUUGUUGAUGUUGGCCUAGACCAGAUGUUGGCAUCUGGUGUCAAUCAAAGCUCAGAUGCCAUGUUGGAUGUUCAUCUAAUUGGUGGCUUUGAUGAUGGCUCACCUAAACAUGUUAAUGGUAUUACGGAAGGUCAUGCAGAAUUGGAGGGCUAUUCCUUCCCUUUGUGCAAGAAAAUACUUGAAAGCCUGGCAAAGAGUAAUAUGAAGUUCCAGAUUCACACUCUUCAUGUUCUUGGGCACAAUACAAGACGAGAUUCUGAAGGAAAUUCAUACCCCAUCUUCUCUGGUUUGCUGGUGGAAACUGCCACUGGGUCUAUUUUUCCAGCAAACUUUGAUGCAACAACAAGAUGUCCUGAUGAAGUUGUUAGGAGAAUACGAGUGACUGCAGCUUUCGAGGACCGUAGUUGGGAAGGAAGAUUAUUAGAGACAUAUGAUACUCAGAAUGACCAAUUCGUGAUUGCUCCAUGCACUUGGAGCAUGCGUAAGAUACAUAUAGCGCUCAUGCUACAGAAUUUAUCUGACCAAGAAAUCCUUCUUACAUGUUCCACUUCUCCUUCUGCCGAGGCUCCAGAUUUCGUGGAUGGCCUAAGAAGGCAGUGGGACUAUCUAAUCCAACACCCAGAUUGGAAAGAAACAUUCCCUUCCAAACAGCCACAUAUAUUUCGAAGGACAGAAGAUAAUAGUUGGGUGAGGCACUGCGCAAAAUUCAGCAGCUUAUCUUAUGCAUACACUGAUUAAGGACGAUUUGUUCAAGGUCGAGCUCUAGGGGAAAUGAAGGUCGUGCAUGUCUUAUGGUUAAGCAGUGUUCUGGCACCCCUGCUUCUGUGGAGAAGGGCAGGAUUCAUAGCUUAGACUUACCUCUUCAUGCUCUAUUGAUAAAAGAAGCUUGAAAUGAUUAUAGAUUGUUGGACAGGAUAAGGUAGCAGCUAUAACUAUUAACUAAGACCUCCGUUCGCAACUUCACAUGCUCCAUUGAUGAGCCAAAACUUGAAAUACUUGGCAAUUUUCUUGUUAGGCUUCAACACAAUACAAUUGUGUUAUUUGAAUCCAGCAAGCUGCUAUGCUCUAUGUUGUUGUCUCGACAGAAUUCUUCGAUUCCUCUAGGAUUAAUUCCCAAAGGUGGUGAGACCAAUGCGUUGACAAACUUAAACGUGAGUGAAAACUACGGAUACCUUGUA